GUUUUCUAGGGCUAGUUCAAUGACUUUAAAACAUUUAAGGGAGAGGUAUGUUAAAAGACAAUAGGAAGACACUGGGCAUUACGAAGCGGGCAAGAGAGUGCAAUUUCCGACAGAUACUCGUCAGUAGAAAUAACAGGCCCCACAUGUUUGUUCCAUACAAGUCACAGUAUUAUUCUUAUCGGAGUGGUAACAGCUGCCGUGGCAAGCAGUACGAUUCAAGUGCGUUGUUCCAACAGGUAAGCACAAAUGGUAGCAAUGGUCGUCGACUAUGCAAGAAAGCUACUACUGCAGAACAAACCACUAAGUCAGGCAGCUUCAACCGCAACUCUUCUCAGGACGGACAACGCAACGAGGAGCAGCUAGCAUUUUGUGCCUAGUAUGGCCGCUAGCAAAAUA